AGUAAUAUAUUGAGAAAACAAUAUUUAUUUAUAUUAUAUUCACACAUAUAUUGAAUGAAGUUUAUAAAUUGCUUCACUUAUAUAUAAAUUAUCGUUAGUAAUAACCACAACUAGUAAUACUGUUGGCGAGUAAUUUCGCGUUCGUCUUAAAACUAAAAGCGCUUAAUUACGCUUUCGUUGCACUACCUCUCUUUUGAGAAAGCGAUUGUAAGCGAGAAAUGAUGACGUUUUCGCUAUGAAAUUAUGAUGUCAUUUGCUUUACGAAAGCGUGUGAAAGUGCCAAGUCGAACGCCGAUAGCGACGCUUGUGAGCACUUUCAGUGGGUGCGUUCCACUUAAUGCCCGCAACGCUCGCGAGCGUUGCUUAUCCUUGUUUAAUAUUUGAUAACCAACAAGGAUGAAAUGAUUCCACGGUCGUUGCGAGCUUUAAGUGGAACGCACCCAGUGUGAAAGCGAGCAAGACGAACGCAUCCUUAUUGCCCUCGCUUACUUGUCGCGUUUGCAUCGUCGCAUCUUGACGUAGGACGUAGUCGUAGACCGAGACGCAAGCGCGACCGCGACGAUAAACACGACGCGACGCGAUAAGCAGCUAUACACAGCCAAGUAUUUGUACAAAGUGUCAAACUACGAUUGUUGACAAGAAUGGAACGCCUAAGAUACAAGUUGAGAAAGUACAAUCAGGAACAUCUGCUCAGAUUUUGGGAAGAAUUGAUGGAUGAGGAUAGAAAACAGCUGGAGAAUGAUAUAGCAGAGUUUGAUUUGCAGGAAACUACAGAAUAUUUCAAGAGGGCUUUGGAAUUAUCCCAGCAUAUUGGACAGAGUACACUGGAUGACAAGAUACAGCCAAUUGACGAAAGCAAGAUUGCCUCUGCCAAGACGUCUACUGAAGAAAAAUUGAACAUGUAUGAAGAACAUGGUUUAAAAGAAGUAGCUGAUGGUUGUGUUGCAGUAUUGUUAUUGGCAGGGGGUCAAGGAACACGGUUAGGAGUCAACUAUCCUAAGGGGAUGUACAAUGUUGCGUUACCAUCGCACAAAACUCUCUUCCAAUUACAGGCGGAAAGAAUACUUUGUCUACAAAAUAUCGCACAGCAACGAUAUGGAAAACAUGGAGAAAUAACUUGGUAUAUCCUUACUAGUGAAGCCACUCAUGACGCCACUGUCAAAUAUCUAAGUGAACACAACUAUUUUGGUUUAAAAGAGAAAAAUGUCAAGGCUUUUAAACAAGGUAUGCUACCGUGCUUUACCUUUGACGGAAAAAUUAUUUUGGAUGCAAAACAUCGUAUUUCCAAGGCUCCCGAUGGUAAUGGAGGAUUAUAUCGUGCUUUGAAAAAUCAAGGAAUAUUAAAUGAUAUGUCACAACGCGGUAUCCGGAGUAUUCAUGCACAUUCCGUGGACAACAUCUUGGUGAAAGUAGCGGAUCCUAUAUUUAUAGGAUAUUGUUUACUGUCUAAGACUGACUGUGCAGUUAAAGUUAUCGAGAAAUCUUCUCCUUCUGAAGCUGUUGGCGUAGUUUGCAAGGUGGAGGAUCACUAUCAAGUGGUUGAAUAUAGCGAAAUGACAAAGGAAACUGCACAACUUCGACAUGCCAAUGGACAACUUGUAUACAAUGCUGCUAAUAUAUGCAAUCAUUACUUCACUCUCAACUUUUUAAAAGACGUCGGAUAUUUUUAUGAGAAACAUUUGCCUUUGCAUGUGGCGAAAAAGAAAAUUCCAUACAUUAAUAACGAUGGAGAAAGAAUUGUUCCAAAAAUUCCUAACGGCAUUAAGAUAGAGAAAUUUGUAUUUGACGUCUUUCCUUUUGCAAAAAAUUUUGCAGUGUGGCAAGGAACGCGUGAAGAGGAAUUUAGCCCGUUGAAAAAUUCAAAUUCCGCUGGUGAAGAUUGCCCGAGCACCGCCCGCACCGAUUUGCUCAAUUUACAUAAAAAGUGGUUACUAAAGGCAGGUGCAAAAAACGUCGGGGACAAUGUCGAGAUCUCUCCUUUACUUUCAUACACGGGAGAAAAUUUGUGUCAAAUCGCAAGCAACCAAUCUUUUGUAGGACCAAAAGUUCUUAAAUAAUCAAAAUACAAAAUUUAUUGACCUAUAAUAACAAGGUAUCUUGGCAAAUGAUAGUUUUUGAAUGAUAAAUUAAGGGGAGCUAAAGUGCCCAUCAAACUUGAUUGGGGUUGAUAAUGUAGAGUCAUUCGUGCAUAUCAUUAACAAGAUUUCGUAUGUCUUUCUUUUACAAAUUCGGAAAUCCGUUUCCAGAAUUAAAGUAUACAUAUUAAUAUCAUUAUAUGAACUGGAUUUUAUACUGAGAAUAAACAAAAUGUUUUUCAGACUGCUUUUUCUAACCUAUAUCUGGAUUUACAAUUAUAAAAAAUUCAUAAAGCUAAUCUUUUUCUUGACUUUUAAUCUUACAAGGGAACCUCGCAAACCCGAAAAUUCUGAUUUUAAUGAAACUUGACAUAAAUGUAGAGGGGAUAAGUACAUAAAUUUAGAAAUUUUUAGUUGCUGCUUAUAAACAGUUUAAAGGUUUGAAACCAGUCUUAAAAAUUGAGUUUUCUCGAUAUAUCUCAUAAACUAAACAAAAUAUCAAAAAAUGUUUUAUACAAAAGUUUUACAGCAUAAAUACUUCUACUUAAUGAAUAAAAACGGUCAAAACGAGCAAUAAUUAAUGUUGGAAAAUAUAAUAAAAAUUGAGAACAAAUAAAUGAACUGUUUCGGACUUACUUGUCCUUCCUUAGCGUAAUAAAACCAUAUCAAAACGGAGGUAUCAUGAUAUGGUUUUAUUACGCUGAGAAAAGACAAGUAAGUCCGAAACGGUUUGUUUAUUUGUUCUCAAUUUUUAUUGUGUAAACCAAGAAUAAAUAUAUUAAUUCAUUAUAUUUUCUAACAUUAAUUAUUGCUCGUUUUGAUCGUUUUUAUUCAUUUUGUAUUGCGUUUGCAUAGCACAAGCUGGUUGUAAUAAUUAUUUCUACUUAACUAUGGUGUUUAUUUUUUGAAAAAAAAUUUUUCAAAAAUUAUUCUUUAUAUCUUUCCUAUGUUGAAUAUUUAUUGCAUCAAAAUUUCAAUUUUAGUGAAAUUCAGUACAAUAUAGAGGGAGGGGGGGGCAAUACACGAACUUAGAAAAUUUUAAUUGGUUCUAAAAAACGGUUUAAAUGGUUAAAAUUACCCUUCAAACGUUGAGACAUUUUUGCCUUUUUUUGAUAUAUCAUAAGCUUAACGAAACAUCAAAAAAUGUUUUUGUACAAAAGUUUUAUAAAUAUCUCUAUUUAAUUACGCUGUUUAUUAAAAAAAAUUUUUUUUAUAAAAAUUAAUAAAAAAAAUUUUUAAAAAAUUGACUUUUAUGCAUCUAGCAUUUAUAAAGUAAUUAUACUGUCUUAUACUACGUAUCGGCCAUUUUUUUCCAAUAUUCCACGGUUUUUUUUUCUUAUAGUUACUAUUUAAAAUUUCGUUUUCUGGUUCACAAUUAUUCUCAUUAUCACGUUCAUAAUUAUCAUUAUUUUUUACAAAUUUUUUUUCUUUAUCUGUUACAAAUUCUAUGUCAGUUAAAUCCACUUCCCAAUAAUUUUCAAAUUCCAAAGCAGUAUUGGUGUGUACGACAAAUGCUACAUUAUUUAUUAUAAUAUCCUGUAUCACUUCAUAUAAUUGUAUUUCUAUUCUAUUUAUAGGCGUUGAGAAAGUAUGUGUAAUUUGAAAUAAAACAACAUAUUAAAAAUAUUUGCAACAUU